GGCUCCAGUGUUGUAAAGGGUUACCGAAAGUUACAUGAGGCUCCAUGUGCACGUUUCUGAGUGAAAUUACAUAAAAACUAAAUUAAGUACACGAUGUACGCAUUACUUCGCCGCUUUGCGGGAAACUCCAUCCGCACCAAUCAACUGAGAUGUUACUCUUCCUUCACGCCGAGAGAUGUGGUGCGGGACACCGCCGAUGAAGCCGGCACGCUGCUCACACGCUUUGCCAAACAUAUCGCACUGGUGCGGUACCAGGAUAAGGAAAAUGUGCGCGAUGUUCCGACGACAGUGCGCUAUGCCGACUAUUUUCCAAUCACAGACGGUCGCUACUUUCAGCGAUCUGUGGAGAAGACAGACGCUUCACAACUGCCAGCCCUGAUCAUUCUAGCAUCCAGCUAUCGAUCAAAUGCUGCACUUCCAAUGUAUGCAACCGCUCUAAACACAUUGGAUGCACAUGCAGUGGCACAGCUAGCAAAGAUGGACACCUCAACAGUGCUUGAAACGCUGUAUUCAUUCCUUUUCCUAAUACCAAACUGGCUCAAACGAACGGAUUUUCAUCAGGAAGCAGUGCGCCGGCUGGCAAAGGAAGAUUUCCGUGACAACAAAGAGCGAUUUCUUCAAGUUUGCUUUUACAUGGGUCUGCAAAAGAAGCAGACAAUAUCAAACGAUUUUCAGGCGCUUCUGGAGGAGCAACUUCCAAAGCAUUUGUCAGCUUUAACUGAGCUGGAUCUCGCUCUGAUUAGCAAUGCUGCCUAUAAGACGUCGACUGUGAUUACGGGCAGUGUGAAAGAAGCUUAUGACACAACUUUGGCUAAUGCCGUUUUAGGCUUGAAGAUUACACCAGAAAACUCAGCUUUGUUAAUCUCUUUAAUCAAGGCUCUGCGGCUGCAGCGUGUGCGUGACGAGCGAGUGUGCCAGCAUCUGCAGCAAAUUUGCUUGGACUCUACUCAAAUAACUCAAAUUGAACCUAGAGGAUUGGGACACAUUUUUGCAUUCUUUGCCGAGCAACGUUGGGACCAAGAAGAAUGUAUGGCCGUCGUAGUGGAGCGGCUAAUGACGCUUAAGCCAGGCGACUUGAGGGCCAAAGAUUUAGCCACAUUACUGUGGUCUAGCGCACAACUCAACUGUCAAUUGUCUGCCGCGCAGCUCAGGCAGUUGGAGCUGGCUGCCCUUCAGAAACUUGAUCAUGGCGAGUAUAAUUUUUACCCAGACAAUCUGAUAGACACCUGCCUAUCCCUGUACACGUUGGGACAUUACUCAAAGGAUUUGAUAGACGCCGCCGAAGAGCUAAAGGCUACACAACGUCACCAAAAAGCACAACCCAAGGUGGACAGUCGUUUAACAGUCUUGCGUUCGGCUGUGGCCAUUGAACAUCCAUCACUGGCCAAAUUGAAAACCGAACAGGUGUUCAAGGAGUUUACCCGUGCCCCUGGCUACUUGCUUAGGGAUCGGACGGACUUCACCAAGUAUGCUGAACAGCUGGGUCUAGAUGCUGAGAUAGAGGGCGUUGAUCUAGUCUGCCCCAUCAGUGGCAUCAAUAUUCCCAGCUUGCGGGUGCAGACUACGGGCGAUCAGGCGAGCGUCUACUUCGUGGAGCUACUCACUCCAGAACAAACUUUAAAGUUUAGUAAGAAACCCACGUCAUUAGUGCGCCUAAAGCAGCGGCUCUUGGAUUCCUUAGGCCAAAAAGUUGUUUUGCUGCACUCCGGAAAUAUGGCGACCACUGCCAAGCAACUCCAUGCGCUUCUACAACCAGCUGUCGAGAGUAUAGAAGAUACUGAGGUCGUCCAAGGCCUAAGCAACUGAAUCAUGUGAUAUCGAAGCUAAUCUUAUAGGCUUCAUAGGCUAGUUACAGAUUGUAGCUUUAUUUAACAAUGUUUUAUGUACGUGUAAAUAUUAUUUAAAUAUUAAUAGCACUAAAC